GAAGUCCUAUGUUUUGAACAGCUUCAUGAGAGAGUACUGAAAUACUUUAACUUGGUAUAGAGUUCACCGACACAGGUGUUGACAGAAACUCUCCAACGUGACUCCCUUCCACACCUUCUCAUUCCCCGGUUGAAUAUCUCACAACAGUUGGUGGUUAAUUAAUCAAUCCAAAGAAGCUUAUAAACUCUCAUAUUUCCCUUGUUUUUCAUUUAGUCAACAGCUACGAGGUCAACAGUAAACGUGUGACUAUCCACCAACAUUUUUAUACUUGGCUCACGAGAGAUUUGUGCGCUUUCACUUCACCGUCAUUUGAGAGUUGACAACAGAAGAUUGACGAGACAUGGAUGAUGAAGACAAAUGGCUUUUAGCGAUUGAUAUAUUUGACGAGCCUCGCAUCGACACAUCUUCUGUGGAAGUUUCAUGCAAGUUUUCGCAGUUUGGCUGUCAGUUCAAGGGUGUAAAAGCAAGUCGUGAGAUGAGAGAACACAUGAAGAGCAAGUCACAACAUCAUCUUUCUCUGAUGCGUCAGGUUGUGAAAUACCAAGAAGAGAGGAUCAAAAAACAACAUGAAAUAAUCGCAAAACACGAAGGAUAUCUAACAAACAUCAUGCAGGUUAUCAAAGACUACAAAGAACAGUUUGAAGAACAAAGAAAACAAGUUAAUAGCCAGAAAACGAUGUUGAAAGAUAUUCAACACGAUAUGACUAAACUAAGAGCAACCUCACGAAAACAAAACAAAAAUCUCUCGGAGACAAUCGAAGAAUUAAGCGGAAAAUUCGAUCAAUUUUUAUUGGAUUACUCCGCCUCCAAAGCUUGCGAUGAUCUUCAGAAAAGCGAGCGCUAUGGUGAGCACUUAUGGAUAAUUAGGAACUAUUCAAGACGUCUGAGACGAAUUCAGUUAGGAAAGUCUGAUGAUCCUAUUAGAAGUGACCCCUUUUAUACCGGUUCACCUGGUUAUCGAUUAUGUACAUGGGUCUAUUUGAAUGGUCGGGAAAAGAGCCUCGGAGGUGCGAUAUCUGUAUACGGAAAAGUCAUGGCCGGGGAUUUUGAUUCUAUCCUACGCUGGCCCAUAAGACCACAGUUCACAUUCACGCUUUAUCAACAAAAUUGUGGCGAUUCAGAGCGAAAGGACAUCGUCAGACGUCGACGAGUUCACGAAAUUAAACGAGAUCGCGACGAGAAGAGUACUAUUACCCGAAGCAACGGCGGUAUUCCACGACCACUUGGCGAUGACAGAUCGAUUAUUGUCGGAUUUGAUAACUUUGUCACACACGAAGAACUGCACACGUGUGGCUUUUUGAAAGGUGAUAAUAUCUUUCUGAAGGUUGAAGUGGAAAUUAAUGUCUAAAUAGUGAAGAAACUGUAUU